GUUCACGUUUCUUUAAAAAUAAAGCAAAGCUGUUCGUUUGUUAUUUUAAGAUUAAAAACCGACGUGCCACAAGUAAACUUAUCUUAUAUAUUCACUUCAGUUGUUGUUUAGUGUUCAAAUCACCAUUAUGGCGCAAAAACGUAAAAGUAAAGAAAGAAACAACAGAAAAACGAAGCUUCAAAAAUUAAACCCUGAAGAACCAAAAGAAGAACCAGAAGAAGAAGUCACUAAUGAAUUGACGGAUAUGCCAACGCUAACCAAGGGUCGAUGGAAAAAUAAACAGAAAGUCUUGGUCUUCACAUCCAGAGGAAUCACCUACAAAGGAAGGCAUUUGGUAAAUGAUCUGAGGAACUUAAUGCCACACACUAAGACAGAUGUAAAGAUGGACCGAAAGAGUGACUUGCUCAUGGUAAAUGAGAUUUGCGAGAUUAAAAGUUGCAAUAAAUGUAUUUUUCUUGUUGGCAAAAAGAAGAGAGAUGUUUAUAUGUGGAUAUCUAAUGUACCUCAUGGACCUUCUGCAUUGUUUCAUGUGGAAUAUUUAAACAUGAUGGAAGAACUGAAGUUUACUGGAAAUUGUUUAAAAGCAUCAAGACCAAUUCUAUCUUUUGAUUCGAAAUUUGAUGAUUCUCCGCACAUGAAGUUGUUAAAAGAAUUAUUCAUUCAAGUUUUCGGAACUCCAAAUUUUCAUCCUAAGAGUCAACCUUUUGUUGACCAUGUGUUCACAUUCAGUUUGAUGGAUGGCAAGAUCUGGUUUCGUAAUUAUCAGAUUGUGGAAGAAAAUGGAGAACUAGUUGAAAUUGGUCCCAGAUACACGAUGACAUUAUCAAGGAUAUUAUCAGGCAGCUUUGGUGGUCCAAUUCUCUAUAUUAAUCCAGACUACCAGUCUCCAAAUCUGGUUCGACAUUUAGAAAAGAAAAGCUCCACAAAGUAUGUUGAUAAUAAAGCUGCGAAGAUAGACAAGAAAAUGAGACGUUCAGAUAAAACGUUUGCAGCUGAUGAAACUGACCAAGUGUUCGAUACCAAUUUAACUGCCGAAUCAUGAAAUAAAUUUCUUUUUAAAACUUA